AUGGUCUAUUUGCCGCUCCCUCCGGAGCUGGAACGUGAGGAUGAGGUGCUGGAGGCAGAGCGCCAGCUGUCGCAAUACCUGAGCAGUCGGCAGGCGAGCCACGGCGCUGGCCAGGCGCCGCUGCGGCACCUCCUGUCGCAGCGCUUGACCGCCCUGGCGGAGCAGAUCUUGCGCCAGGAGCAGGACCUGGAGGAGCUGCGGCGCAGGGCCUCGGCGGUGCCGCCGGAGGUGGCGCUGCUGCGCGAGGAGAACGGGCGCCUGGCCUCCAAGAGCCACAGCUUCCUGGAGGCGGCCGCGGAGCUCUCGGCGCAGCAGGGCAGCCUGGAGGAGGCCAAGGCAGAGGUCCGCGAAGAGGUGGAAAGUCUUCAAGUGGAGCGAGAUGCCCUGGCCAAGAAGUUGGACGAGCAAGUGACGAAGGAGGCGGAGGCGAAAGGGCUUCAGGAGUCUUGCCUGCGCGCCCUGGAUCUGGAGCGGCACCGCAGCCAGGACCUGUCGAAGACGCUGAGCGCCGCGCUGGCGCAGCGCCGGGCUGCUCUGGAGGACGUGGAGAAAAGGGCCAAGCGGGCGGAGCGGGAGGUGGGUUCUCUGGAGACCUCCCUGGCGGCGGCGCAGGCGGAGCACACCUGCGCUGAGAGCACCGGCCAGGCGGAGGCGGCGCGGAGGCAGCAGCGCGCGCAGCUCUUGGAGUCGCAGCAGCAGCAGCAAAGCUCGGAGGAGGCCCAGGAGGCCGAGCUGAGGCAGCGCUUGCAGCAGGCGCGGGCCGAGGCCAAAGAGCUGGAGGUCCACGCGGAAAACUUCGCGCAGCAGCUGGCGGACAGCGAGCAGAAGGCGGAGGAGAGCGAGCGCAAGGCCACGGCGGUGGCCAAGGAGCUCUUGGAGACCUCCCGAUCCAUCGCGCGGCUGCGGCAGGAGCUGGGGCAUUUGCAGGGCGCGGGCCUGCAGCAGCUGCUGCAGUCCGCCCAACAGGACAUGGGCGCCCUGAAUCAGCGCUUGCGCCCCGAGCGGCAGCAGCCCCAGGAAGAGUCGGCGCUGAAGGAGGCGCUGCGGAACGCCUGGGCCCACGAGGCCAAGGACCGCAAGGCCACCGAGGAGAAGCUGCAAGGGGCGGAGGAGCUGUGGCAGGGGCUCCGGGAGCAGCUGCAGAGCCUAGGCUCCGUGGCGCGGCGCUGCAGGAAUGAAGUGCCCGGCAUGCGCCUUGCACCGCCGGGCGAUGAGGUCUGGGCGGACCCCUCGGCGGUUCCAGGCCGGCCGAAGUGUCCGGAGACAAGGCGACCCUGGAACCCCCCGUAA